UCUCUGUGUGCAUGGACUUCAUCCUAGGUAGUUCACCAUUCGAACCGCUGCGCUCCAAUUUCUCCGUCUCUCUCGCUCUCUCUCCCCGACUGCGUUCACUUCCUUACUUUCAGCCCUCCCUCUCGCGCUCUCUCCUCCUCUACAUCCUCAAUCUCUCAGCAGCAGCAGUUUGUGUCCUGAGAGAACUGGCACCAAACUGACGCAUCCAUGGGGCGCGCGCAGCAUCUUUAUUUCCCCACGUUACAAUUUGAGGUCAUAUAGGCUAGGUGGAACAUUCACGUCAACGCAGCAAACACACUUGAGUCGUUCGGCGUUUCAUCUUCCGGCUUAAAACUCUCAGUCGCACCAUAUCUGCUUGUAUUUGUGACAUUUGUAGCUGUGUUGAACUGUGGUGAUGGAUGGGGAUGCGUGUGUUCGCGUGUGGACUCGACCGCUGCAAGUGAUGCUCCAGCAGAAGAAGAUCAAAGCGCGGAGGAAAAAGCGCAAGGAGUUGUUCGGAGGACAGAUGUGCUUCGUGGGGCUGCUGCUGUUGGCGGUGUCCUGCUUGUCCAGUUUGGUCGAGAAUUCCGGUUAUGGCAUCUCCAGUCUUUCAGCUGAAGAUAGUGAGAGGUGGGAGAGUCGCAGGCUGCUGCAGGACUUUGACAUUGACAGCAACUAUACUGAUGAGGUGCAGGUUGGGCCCAAUGCUGAAAAGAACUGCACACCGCCUGGUAUACAUGAGUUCCCUGAUGAUAUCUUUACCAACCAGGAGCGAAUGGAGGGGGCUGUAGCCUUGCAUGUUCUAUGUGCCAUGUAUAUGUUUUACGCACUGGCACUGGUGUGUGAUGACUACUUUGUUCCCUCUCUGGAGAAGAUCUGUGAGCGCCUCCAUCUCAGUGAAGAUGUAGCAGGAGCCACGUUCAUGGCAGCAGGAAGUUCCGCUCCUGAACUCUUCACCUCAGUCAUAGGUGUAUUUAUCACCAAAGGGGAUCUGGGAGUGGGCACAAUCGUGGGUUCUGCUGUCUUCAAUAUCCUCUGCAUCAUCGGUGUGUGUGGGAUCUUUACUGCACAGGCAGUUCAGCUCUCGUGUUGGACGUUAAUGAGAGACUCCAUGUACUACACUAUCUCAGUGACUGCUCUGAUCGUGUUCAUCUAUGAUGAGAAGGUGACAUGGUGGGAAUCACUCACCUUAACAUUGCUGUACAUAGUUUACAUUAUACUAAUGAAAUUUAACUCGCGGGUGGUUCAUUAUAUCGAGCGGCGGAAAAAGAAUUCGGCAAAUCUGGGUAACGGCACAGCCAGUAACACAGACAUCGACGAUGGGUGCGAUGCCACUGUCGUGCUGCUUAAGAAAGCAAAUUUCCACAGGAAGCCAUCCGUGCUGAUGGUGGACGAACUCUUGUCUGCAUACCCUCAUCAGCUGUCCUUCUCUGAGGCCGGAAUGAGAAUCAUGAUCACCAGUCACUUCUCCCCUCGCACACGCCUCACAAUGGCCUCCAGAAUGCUUAUUACAGAGAGGCAGCGUCUGAUAAACAGUCGUUUCAGUAAUGGGGACUCAGAGGUGACCGUAAAGAUCCCAGGAAAGUGUGGGGUGGAGAAUGGGCUGGCAGGACCGGACCGAGGCCUGAACGGGCGAAAGGGGGGUCACCAUGAUGACGACAGGGGAGGAGCUGAAGCUGGCACUGACACCGAAAACGAGGACAAUGAAAACAAUGAGAACGAUGAGGAAGAGGAAGAGGAGGAAGAUGACAACGAAGGACCCUAUGUACCAUUCCGCUGCCCCGGUGGAGGCUUUAAUAAGCUAAAGUGGCUGCUGGCCUGGCCACUGAGUCUGCUGCUGUUCCUCACCGUGCCCAACUGUUCCACGCCUCGCUGGGAGCGCUGGUAUAUGGUCUCGUUCAUCAUCUCCACCCUCUGGAUUGCUUUCUUCUCUUACAUCAUGGUUUGGAUGGUCACAGUGAUCGGUUACACAAUGGGCAUCCCUGAUGUCAUCAUGGGCAUAACUUUCUUGGCUGCUGGCACCAGCGUUCCUGACUGUUUGGCCAGUUUAAUUGUUGCACGGCAAGGAAUGGGUGACAUGGCGGUUUCUAACUCUAUUGGUAGUAAUGUGUUUGAUAUCCUGAUUGGGCUUGGUCUUCCCUGGACCCUCCAGACUUUAGCCAUCGACUAUGGCUCCACAAUUCACCUGAACAGUAAAGGCCUGAUUUUCUCAGUUGUGCUGCUGCUGGCAUCUGUGUUUCUCACGGUUCUCGGUGUACAUUUGAACAAGUGGAAACUGGACAAGCGUUUGGGUUUCGUUUGUUUGCUGAUGUACGCUGUCUUCCUGUGUUUCUCCAUCCUCAUCGAGUUCAACAUAUUCACCUUCGUCAAUCUGCCCACCUGCCGCGAGGAAUGAGACGGUUCCUUUUCUUGGCCCUCCCUCCUUGACCUUGUGAGGACAAUGGCACAAGUCCUCGAUCAGAAGCAGACCGGCUCUCGUUCUGAUGGAAUAUUUAUUUACUGAUCUAGCUGAUCCUCUAUUGAUCCUCUCUUUUCUUUCCAAUGGGUGCAAUAUUGACAGAGUCUCUGGGUCUGUGGUGUUACAAGAGGAGAGAGAGGAUGUGUGUGAAGAAUGGUCCUGUUGACUGAUAUAUAGACUGUUCUAACGGGACAGGAACAUGGGAAAAGAUGACUACUGCCUGGUUUGAUGUGAAUACCUUUUUUUAUAUAUUUUGCAUAUUACAUAUUUAAAGAAUAUGAUGUUAAUGUAUUUUAUGAUGGCAUUUGUUUUGUUAGCUGCUAAUUGACUGAAGGAGAGGCUGGACUUAUUCAUAUCAGUAAAAUGAUAGAUUUAUGAGGGUUCAUUAUUUUGCUGAAAGCUACUGGUGACCUCUAGGAAAUACUUGUGAGCAGUCCUCUUUUAAAUUUGGGCAAUUCACCUUCACAUCACAAGAUUGAUCCGGACAUCAGGGUCAUUAGUGUCUACGUUUUUCCAGUGAGAAUACGUUUACGGUGCAGAGGAGGUAAUAAAACGAAAGGUUUAAGAUCAGAUCCAAUUUCAGUCAAAAAACUGUCGCUUUUAGAGAGACAGCGGGCAUUUGUUUGUGCCUGUGUGGAGAUACAUGUUGGAACGCUACUACCAACAUAUUUAUGUUCAGUGAGACAAUACUCUUGUGUGAUACAUGGGGUUUCUAUAAAUGUGUUUAUGAACUUUCUUUUGUCUUUAACACUCUGUAUAUACUGAAACAGAGAAAGGUUUAUUUAUUAAUUUAUUGAACACUAUUUAUACACAUUACUUUCCUAUGACGUACUGAAACAAAACCAACCCACAGCUGUCCCAAAGAAGAGUUUCAGCCAGGCUACGCCGUUUUGUCCUUCAGAGCUUAUGUGUCAGCCUUUUCUACUGGAUUCCUUCUCCUUCAUCGCUGAAUAUUCUGCACCCUUUUAGAUGCACCUUUGAAUUGAUGUGUAAAACAGUUUCUACUAUUUGAUAUCGGUGUGACAUGACAUCAGAGAUAAUUGUAAAGAAUUUUUGAACACUCAAAACAUUGGCAGGCAAGUAAGGGAAAAUAUAUAAAUAUAUAUAUAUAUAUAUAUAUUUUAUACUUAACUGUUUUGACGUUUAAGAUCCCUGUUUAGAGUGAAUGGAGUGAGUCAGCCACAAACCUAAGAAGCUGAUUAGCAGGAGCGUGUCCUGGUAAAAUGAAGCUAACGUCUAUGUAACGUUGAUAAGACUGUUUCAAAGUCAAAUCGUAGAUGUAAAUUUGCUCUAGAAAAGGGUGAAGUCAUUUUUCUCUUAGCAUGCCGCUCUAAUCUUAGAGUUUAUCAAGGAUUUUUUUUUUCUCAGCAGAACAAGGAUCAGAAUUAAUUUCCAAGGAUGCAGUGAAUAAUAUGGAUUUUUUCAGAAGUUCUUUAUGCUGAUGUGUCCGGGGCUCAUUUCUUGCCCUUCUUUUAGAAUGACUAUUUAAAUACUUUGUUUUGUAUGCUUCUGGUUCUGGGGAUUUGAAAAAGACACCGCCAUAAUGCAUCACAGCUGUAAGCUUUUAACUGUGGCACAAUAUGUGGAUGCAACUUUUUCUCCUAACAGAGGUUUUUAGUGAGCUGACAAAGUAGCGAUUCUAUGGACUGUUUUAGUCUAGUUAGCAACUUCAUGCAGGUUUUCUAGUCUGAAGGCACAUUGCAGGGAAAUUUAGUGUUUUACGCACUGGUUGAUACUGAGUGUCUAAUUGUUUGUCAUAUUUUAAGAAUAGAAUUUAGAUGACUUAGAAACAUAUCUGAAAGAGUAUUGCGGCAAAGUAUUUUUAUCACAAAAGUAACUUUGUAUUUUGUAACGCAAAAUGUUUAGAAAUGUUUUCUGCUUUUAAAAGUCUGUCGAGUGUGCUUCAAGUUAAUCUGCAUAUAUGUAUUCUUUAGAUCAUAAAACAAAUUUGUCAGCUUACCGUCAGAGUACUCUUAGCAUGUUUAAAAUCAUGUUUAAAGGCAUUCUUUUCAAUGAUGUAAAAAAAUAUUAUACAGUGAAUAAUUCAGAUAUUAUUCAGAUAUCAGAGUACAUUUUUGCUACUUGGAUAUUUUUUUCUCUAGGUUUGGCGUAGCAUAUUAGCAAAUAUGGACAUUUCGUUUUCUGUAUCACUCGUAAUAGACAUUGAGGCCUAGUUUACUUUCCAAAAAUGCAACAGCAGGUCUAGGGUUUAAGCAAUGUGAUAUUCCUGAUAAUAUAAGCUAGGUGUAAUCCAAGUAGAGCGUACAAGCUGUGUUUGGAUGCUGAAGAUUGUUAGUCUAUUAUUUUCUUCUUCGUAAAGCAGGGUAUUAUAAGAAAAACAUCGGGAAGGCAGGGUUUAAUGCAAGUUUUGUUCAGGAAAUGCAAUAAUGUUUAGAUUAAUUAAUUACUGUGUUUGUAUUUUUUCUUGUAAAUCCUAAACAUGAAACAUCACAUUCUUUGAGUCGUAUAUAUGCUACUUAAAUAUUUCAGUAAGGUUUAACAGAGUUUGUGCACUCUAUGCUCAAUAUUAAGGAUAGUAAAAAAAAAGAGGCUUUGAGAUGCAACUAAAUUGGCUUUCACUGCAACUCUUAAUGUUCUAAAAUCUACGAAAACUGCUGCUUUGAUUGUGGUACAUUAAUGCCUAUGUUUAUAGUUGUAAUAUCAGCCAGACUAAUCUAAAGAUUCAAUGAUCAUCACUUCUGGAAAUCAAAGCGCUGCUGCUCAUUUGUAUGCACAAAUAUAAUAAUAACAAUAAUAAUGAGGGCAUGCACAACCAAUUAGCCCACAAUUAGACAAGUUUCCCUCAUAUUUCCUGUUCUUGUCUGCUGAUAUUUCUUUAUGGAAUCAGGCAUAUUUGAAUCAAAAAUGUGACUUUUAUAGGGUGAUGCGUUGCUGAUGUACAUAAUUAUACAUACGUGAAAAUGUCUUCAUGUUUUUUUGUCUUUGCCUGUAUAUCGGUUAUAUUAUAUUUUCAUAGAUACAAUGUUUGGGUCCUUUAUUUGUUUAUUUUGUUUUUGUUGUUGUUGUGUUGAGGGUUUGAUUAAACACCCCUGGUUUGCUAAAUCGCAUGGGAUAUUUUAAAAUAAGGAAUUAUUUAUGUUCAUUAGUAUUACACAUUGUUGAGCACUGGACAGACAGCAGUGGAAUUAGACCUCUUAGAUUAUUGCAUGUUUUCUUUGUUUUCUUUUUUUUUUUCAAUGGAAAACUGCUGGGCUUUUGAUUCUCCAAUGAAAGCAUAAAUUAGACAUUUCAUUCUGAGUGACUGAUGUCUUCUGCAUUUCAGGAAUCAUAAAAAGAAUGGUGGUUGGUUUUAUGUACUAAAAUAUUUUGUUCAGGUGUUUCAGUUGUAUAUCAGAGUACAUUUUUGCUACUUGAGCAUAAUUAAAAUGAUCUUUG